GGCUGGAGCGGGAGGAGCGGUCGCUGCGGGGCGGAGGAGAGAGGGGGCGGCUCCUCCGCCUGCCUCGGAAUCACCAUCCAUCCCCACGCAGCCAGUUUGGGAGCAGCUCCGUGGGGAGGGAUCCGGGCUGGCCACAGGGAGAACGCGCUCCGGGCUGGGGACACCGCGGGGCUGCUUCAGCCGACACUUCCCGAGGAGGGCUUUUAAUUGCUGUGAAGGACUUCAGUCAAUGCUUCACAUUUAUCUCACCCUCAGGAUUUCUGACACUUCUAAUGGGCUGCUAACCCAGGACACAGCCACAGCAGGAUUUUUAGAUUUUAGCAGCGGGAAGAUGCUGACGGACAGGAACGGAUCCUGGCUCUCCAAUUUCUCCUCUGCUGCCUCCUCCUUGGCACGGGGAGGGGUUGGGCUCCAGGAGGUGCUGGUGGGGCUCGUCCUCACCCUCAUCGACGUGGUGACCCUGCUGGGGAACACCGUGGUGUUCCUGUGCCCCGUGGUGGAGAAGAGGCUGCGCACGGUCACCUACAUGUUCAUCAUGUCCCUGGCCAUGGCUGAUUUCCUGGUGGCCUGCCUGGUGAUGCCCUUCAGCAUCAUUUACGAGGUGACAGGGAUGUGGCUCUUUGGGAAGCUGUUCUGCAAAGUCUGGAUCUCCUUCGACGUCAUGUUCUGCACCGCCUCCAUUGUCACGCUGUGCUUCAUCAGCCUGGACAGGUACUGCUCCGUGGUCACCCCCUACCACUACUCCAGGAGGAUGUCCCGGGGCAGAUGCAUCGUGAUGACCUGCACGGUCUGGGUGUAUUCCUCCCUCAUUUCCUUCCUUCCCGUCAUGCAAGGCUGGAAUGAGAUCCCCGGGGUGGACUUUGACGCGGGCAGGGAAUGCAUCUUUGUCACCAACUGGGUUUUUGCCAUCGUGGCUUCUGCCCUGGCCUUCUUCCUCCCCUUCAUGGUCAUGUGCAGCAUGUACUUCUUCAUCUACCGAGCCUCCCGCCUCAAGGCCACCCGCAUCAUGUCCCAGACGCUGGAGAUCCACUACCACCCCAACAGCAAGAGGCAGAACCACCUGCAGCUGGAGAACAAGGCCACGAGGACCAUCAGCAUCAUCAUCUCCGUGUUCGUGCUGUGCUGGCUGCCCUACUUUGUGCUGAACGUGUGGCUGGCAGCCAGGGGCAGCGACUCCACCAGCUCCGUGCUGCUCGGCACCUUCAAGAUCAUCACCUGGCUGGGCUACUGCAACUCCACCAUCAACCCCCUGCUCUACGCCUUCCUCAACAGGGACUUCCAGCACGCCCUCAAGAAGCUGCUCCUGUGCAGGCGCAGGUCUCAGGUGGACGUUGGGGAAGACAUGGUUUCCAUAGCCACCUUUUCCAAGACCGCUCCAGAGCUGGAAUACAGCGCGGCGGUGCCCAACGGCGCCCCCAAGGGCAAACCCAAGUCAUAGGAGGAGCAGUCGCUGGAGGCGGUGAUACAGAAAGCGCUGGAGCACAUCCCAGUGGAAAAACAAAGGGUAGGAAAAGAGGGGAAGCAGGGGCUGGAAUAUUACAAUACAACAAAGAUGCAUUUCUUCACCUUCCACAUGAAGAACUCAGAUAUUUUAGAGGCAAUUUGUUGUAUAUUAAUGGAACUGAUUCAUUCCUGGAUAAUUAUUUUUCUAAUGAGCAUUUUCUAAGACAAAUUCAGCCUUCAUUUGGGUUAAAAAAACCAAACCAGUAUGGUACAAUGUGACCUACAUUUGUGCAUAUCCUGGUGAUUUGUGUCAGGUGGGACAGUGUUUCUUGUCAAGCCACUGUAGCUUCUCACCUCGAAGUUUCAUUACAGACUUGACCAGUUUUAAUAACUCCACCUGUGCCAGUCUGUGUAUGGGAAUUAGAGGAGGGAGGUGCUCACUUCCUAAAGAGGCACCACUCUGCAGCCUGGGCUGUUGCUCAGGGUUCAGCUCACUGGCUUCUGCAACAUCUGGAUAUUCAGAACUUUCCAUGGCCUUCUUUGAAUUAUCUGUGGAUUUCCUUGUUAAUUUUGGAAGGGGACAUUCCCUGUGGCAGACCCCAGGAGAUGACAAACACUUGCUGUAACAGCAGAAGCACUGCAGUUUCAAAGCUACAGGUGGCUGAAGAUGGGAUGUGAACAGGAAUUACUGUGUGUACACUGUGGUAUCUACCAGAGAGACAUAAAAAAAAGAUAAAUGGAAAUGAUUAUUAUUACUACUGCCAAGUGCUCGUCUGGACUUCCAACAGCACUGGUUCCCUGCAGGAAAGCCACAAGUGCCUCACUGAAGGGUUACUCUGAAAAGCUAGCAGGGGAAUAAAAUGCAGGGGUAACAAAAUGCAGUAGGACCUGGCUGGAGCAGCUGAGCUACUGAAGAUGCCAGCACAAGGGUCAGGAGUUCUGUCUCAAGAGCCUGGUGGAAAAAACAGCCCUGACCUGGGGUUCAACAGUGGUUCUCCUGUGAAAUGACUCUCCAUGGAGAGGGUGAGGUGUUCCAGAUCCUACAACUCCAGCAACAACAUGGAAAUGAUCUCUCACUCACCCAGCAAGCUGACAUUUACAAGCUUCAAAAAAACCCAAGAAACCCCCCAAAAAAAGGAUAAUGGAGCACAAUAUUGGCAAGCACAGCAGCUGGACCUGUCCGCUUAGGAG